UGAGUUAACGUGGAAGACUAUUUGAGAUAUGGCCAAAGAUAUAAGAAAUUCUCCAAAGACGUGUCAAUACUAUUUGAGUUAGAUCAAUACGUUUCCUUUUUCAUACAACUAAUCAAGUCAAAGCUAUAAUAUAUCAAAACGGGUCUUGAAAUAAUUAUGCAUUAAUAUUUUACAACAAAAGAACUCUAGAUAAUCUAUGAAACGAAACAAACAUAUAAAGUUCACAGAAUUGAGAGAGGAAUUGCAGUAAUGAAAAAAUAACUUACAUGUUAUCCAUAAUGGCGAUAGGGCGAUCGUACGGAACAGUCAGAUUCAGGACCGGCUUAUCAGGGGGACAAGCGGUGCGACCGCCCCGGGUCCAAGCCCUGUGUCCUCCCGUAUAAUACUAAUUAAGGGGUCCAAGUUUUUAUAAAUCUAUAUUUUAUAUAUAAAAAAUUAUAAAUAUAAUAAAUAAAAUUGAAAAAGAUCUAAAUUAUUUGAUAUGUAUUUAGUUUUAUUUUCAUUACAAAAUAUUACUGAUUGGUCAGAUACUUGCUAACAAUCAGACACCUGCAAAAUAUUAAGGAAAGUGAUGUGUAAGUCUUAAAAAAACAACAUAUGAAUAUAUAUUGAAUUGUUUUUGUCCAUUAAGGUACACAAAAUAAGUUACUUCAGUUUGCAUAAUGAUUUUUCUUUAUAAGUUGCAUGUUUGUUGGGUGUGUUUUAAGCUAGUUGAUGUAAACAGUUUAUAUAGAGAAACUUGUUGAUAUCUUCGAGAUAAGAAACAGACGAUUUAAAAAUAUAAAAUCGUUGAUAUUCAGAGAAUCUAGGUAACAAAGUCUGUUUAGUAACGAAUCAACACAUGAUAUAUGGAGAAGAUUUUUGAACGGCUCAUCAUUUGGUUCCCAACGUUUAAAAGCUUAAUGGUUUUUUAUUUUCUUCAACCAGAUGUCGUUGCUUGAUCUCAACAACUUCCAUGAUUUUUUCCCAACUGUAUCCAACAACAUAUGACUAUGAAUCUUCAGCUGUUAAGCACGAGGAAAAACUGCAAGACGGAGGUGCAAGGUUGCUCAGCCUCAGACAACUUCUUCUGGCUGCUCUUCAGGUUUUUGAGUUUCCAUUCAAAGCAGACGAGGUUCCAGCCGAAGGUUUGUAGGACUGCGUGACGGAGGUGCACGGUGGAGGAGGAGAGAAACGCCGAGUGGUUAGGGAUCUGGCGAAAAGUUUGGUGUCCUCGGAGGAGACGUCGGAGGCGAAGCGAGGUGGUGAAGAACGGAUGAGGAAGAGACGAAGCUAUGAGUACUUCAAAAGCCAAAUAAAAAGUGAUUUCAAUUCCUAUGAAAUCUACAAUACUAAAAGCCGGAUAUAUUGAGCAGAGAGCGUGCCACGUAUGAUUUUUAAUUCAGGCCAAUCAGGAGCGUUUUAUGUGACACGUCAUCCCGGGCUCGCCGUGCUGUUUUGUCUGGAGCGUUGUGGGCUUCUGUGGGCUUCAUCCGUAAUUUACAAAAGGGCUUUAUUAAACUUUUAUGUUGAUGCAUAUCACAAAAAAGAAACCUCGGAGGCUCCGUCGAAGGAUAAGAAUCUCAUCGCCUCUGCCUCUUCGUCUUUUCAUCGCCUCUACCUCUUCGUCUUCUUCGAUCGAAGAGCAGAGAAGCCGAGAUUUAAUCGAGCCACUUCUUCACAAUCAAUACCUCCUUAAUGAUUUCGUUUCAACUCCCCCUUUUCAUCCUUCUUUAUAUACUGAUCUUCUUUAUUUCAUAUAAACCAAAACCCUAGAACCACUCAAAGCUCGAUCUAUGGCGAUGAAACGAAAUGGGAAGUCUCAUGUCUCCUCUGACUCUGAUGAAAAGGUCAUGUUCUUCAAGGAUGUCUCUCUAGGUCCUCACGAAACUCAGCUUCGCUUCCGACUCAUCCAUUUCUGGGAGGCUCGGAACCCGGUGUAGAAGACACUGAUUGGCCUCGAAAUGCUCCCCAUCGACGAACAGGGAACUGUUAUUCAAGGAUUCAUCCCACCGGGGCGAAUUAAGAAGUACUUGCCUGAGAUGAAACGCGGAUCAGUUUACAAACUCAUCAAUUUCUACGGAUCGAAAAACAAACCGGUGUAUCAGGUUGCUGAUCAUGUCGCAACCGUGUCUUUCGCAUGGAACUCUGAAAUGUCGGUUCUUCACGAGAUUCCCAUCUCUUUUGAUGAAGACCGUUUCAGGUUUCAUUCAUACGAAGAUUUUGAAGCCAACUGUGAUCUCAAAGGUGACCUCUAUGAUGUUAUUGGCCACAUGAAGCUGGUCGAUGGACAGACUCUUAUUGAGCGUCCCAGCCUUGACGAUGUGAAGAUCGCUACCACUCGGCAUAUUAUGAUUCAUGUGCAGUCGCAUGAACCUGUGAUGAAGCUCUACCUUUGGGACCAGACUGCAACAGACUUUUGCAAGAAAUUCAACUCCUGUGAAAACACUCCCACAGUGCUUUUGGUCACAACUGUUAACACUAAACAUCUCGGAGGUACCCUUGCCUUAUCCUCUAUGUCCUCCACACGGGUCUUCAUGGACUAUGAUGUCCAACCAACCAGGGAUUAUUUCACCUGGCUGGGCUCUAACCCAGAGAUUGCUGAUCAAGUUAGCGAAAACGUCAUCACUAAGCGUGAGACACUGACUAUAGCAGAUAUAUUCUCCUAUAUGACUCAGGAAUCUGCAAAGGCUGCAUUUUUUGAGUGCACGGCUACGAUUGAUGAUGUUGUUCAUGGCUCUACUUGGUACUACAUUGCAUGCAGUGAGUGCCAUUCUAAGGCUACCAAUGGCCCAAGUUCGUUGAUUUGUACAAACACAAAAUGUGGGAAGGUUAACAGCUGGCGUUCCACAGUACCGUGCAAAAAUUUCUGUUUAUGACAACAGUGAACAAGUUUUCUUUGUCCUACUUGGAGAUGCUGAUCGGGAGUUGACUGGGAGGCAUGCAUCCGAGUUAGUUAGCAGCUACUUUGAGGCUAAUAAAAGCGAAGGAGCUGACCAUGAGGUGCAUGUCCCGGAAGCUCUAAUCAGCACCAUCGGACAGACACAUAAGUUCUGUGUGAAAGUUACUGACCACAACUUCUCAGGCAAUACUCGAGCGAUAACUGUCACCAAGAUCCUCCCUCUAGACACACCAUCACCCACGGAAGCCUCAGUUGGAAAUGACAUUGCUGCAAUGUCCGAGGAAGCAACGCAGUCUGGAGACGACGUCUUUGAACCUCCCAAAGGCCGUGGAGACUCUGCAGAUGAGGAGAGUAAGCGGGCGUGUAGCAGUGCUGAUCCAGAGACAGCUAAACGCCCAAGAUGUGAGAAUUAGAGCCUCGGUUCAUUGAUGCAGUUUAAGUACUGAAUUGGUUUUUUUAAAUUUCCUGCAGUUUAAGUACUUUUUUGGUUACGUUAAAGACAAUGCUCAGUUUUUUUCAUUUUCAGACUUUGCAUUUCAAUAAUUUUAACUAUCUUUCUUAUAAUCUCUAUUGUUUCUUAGAAUCUUUGUUGACUUUUACAUAUCUGAGCAAAAUAAAAAUAGAUUGAUUUUCUGUA